CUCUUUAUAUAACCAUGCUAAACUCAAAGUACCAUACACAAGCUCCAACAUCAAAAAUGUCUUCUGAACAAAACCAAACAACCACAAUCCCCAUCGAAAACUUCAAGUACUCGAAACGUGUGGUGUUAAAAUCCAUCCUUAGUCGCGGCGACAAAGGGCUGGGCCUGGUUGGGCAGAGAGUGGUCGUGGGUGGAUGGGUGAAAUCAAAGAGAGAGAAGAAGAUGAAGAAAGAUCAAGGGAGCAAAGUGGGUUCUUUUGAAGUGGGGGAUGAAACGAGGAGCAAUGUGGGUUGUUGCGAGGCUAUUUUGGCGAGGAUUCGGAUGCUUCGAAGCGUUGGGAGAUUGAUUUUGGGUAGAGAUGGAGAGGUUGAGAGGAAGGAGGAGGAUCAUCGGCCUUGUGUUGUUUUGUUGAAGAUUAAUGAUGGGUCCUGCGUGGACAACCUUCAGGUAGUAAUAGACUCAUCUAUGUCCCUCCUUAGCGAGGUGAUGUCAACUGGGACUUCAAUUUUGGUAGAAGGUGUUUUGGAGCAACCGCUUAUUCAAGGAAAGCACAAAAUUGAGCUCAAGGCAGAAAAAAUUAUACACGUUGGAGUUGUCGAUCUCAAAAAAUACCCGCUUGCAAAGACGAGGAUAAGUUUGGAGUCUCUAAAAGCUUAUUCUCACCUUCGACCAAGAACAACUACCGUAGCGUCUAUAACUCGCAUCAGAAACACUCUAACUUAUGCCACUCACACAUUCUUCCAUAACAACGGGUUCAUUUACGUGCACAUGCCCGUUAUCACAACUACUGAUAUUGGAGCUUCAAGCAAUAUGUUUCAGGUAACAACUCUUCUAAACAAAACAGAAGAUGCGACAAACUUAAAUCCCACAAAUGAUCGAGAAAAUUUAAGCCUUGAAGUAAUCAAGUCUUCAAUCAAGGAGAAAAGCAAUAACAUUGAAGAACUAAAGAGAAGUGAGAGCAAUAGAGAAGUUCUUCUUGCAGCGCUUUUGGAUCUUCAGAAGGCAAAUGAGUUGGCCCUACAAAUUGAAGGAAAACAGAGUGAGAGUAAAAUUAAUAAAACAGAAUUGAAUCAUGUUAAAGAUUUCUUUUCGAGGCCAGCAUAUCUCUCGGUGUCUGCUGGACUUUACCUUGAGAGUUACGCGUGCGCUCUGAGCAGUGUUUAUACUUUUGGACCGAUAUUUAGAGCAGAGAAAUCGCAAUCUAUGAAGCAAUUGGCAGAGAUGUGGAUGGUUGAGGUUGAACUGGCUUUUGCAGAGUUAGAGGAUGCAAUGAACUGUGCAGAGGAUUUUCUGAAAUUCAUCAUUUAUGCAGUUUUGAAUGACUGUUCUGAUGAUAUGAAAUUCAUAGCAAAACGAAUAGAUAAGGACUGUAUCGAUCGUAUUCAAUCUAUAGGAUCAAACGCUUUUGCAAGAAUUACCUAUACAGAAGCUGUGGAGCUCCUGAACAAGGUCACAGAAAAAACAUUCCAACAAAAUAUUGAAUGGGGUAUCAAUUUAUCAGAGGAACAUGAAAGUUAUUUAGCUGAUGAAGUCUACAAACAACCAGUUAUUAUAUAUGAUUACCCAAAAGAAGUCAAGCCAUUUUAUGUGCAUGUGAAAGAGGAUGGCAAAACUUGUUCUGCUUUUGACAUUAUUGCACCUAGAGUUGGAGUAUUGGUAAGGGGAAGCCAAAAGGAGGAGAACAUCGAUAAGAUCAGCACCAGGGUGGGGGAGCUAGGUUUACCCCGAGAACAAUAUGACUGGUAUUUGGACAUAAGAAGACAUGGCACAGUCAAGCACUCAGGUUUCAGUGUCGGAUUUGAGAAUGUUGUUAUGUUUGUAACAGGACUUGAUGACAUUAAGGAUACGAUUCCAUUCCCUCGAUCCUAUGUCUCUGCAAGUAUCUGACUUGUGCCUGAUAUGAUCCUUGGGUAGAAGAAGCUUUGGAAAUUUGCAGCAGAGGAAAUAUCAUGUGUGAAUAUGUAGUCGGCUAAGUAUGGUAUACUUGUAUGGCUGAAAGGGAAAUAAUCAUGAACAGGUGUUACAUACAUAUUUACUUUGGAUUGUGUAUAUUCUGAAGUAAUUUGGAAAAAUGUCAUGAAACAAUC